AUGGGUAGAAGAAUUAAGAUAAAGAAAAUAGUAGACACGACAAAACGUCAAGUCGCAUUUUCUAAGCGGCGUACUUGUUUACUAAAGAAGGUGAAAGAGAUUGCAAUUUGUUGUGAUGUGGACAUGUUGUUUGUCGCGUUCUCGCCUGCUAAUCGGCUCAGUAAAUUCUGUAGCCAAAACAGAAUUAAAGACAUGCUUCAGCGUUAUAUUGAGCUUCCGGUUGAGAGGAGAUUGACUCACAUGGCUGAUGUUCAGAAUUUGGAGCUACAAAUAAAGAAGAGCACAUUGGAGUCGCAGAUUUUGGAUGCUAAUAUAAGGUCAUUUGAUUCAGUAUCACAAAUGGAAUUGGAGAAACAAGAAAAGAUGGAUGUUGACUUUGUUGCACAACAAACAACUCCUCACCAGUUUGAUACUAAUAAUUGGACUAAUCCAUACAGUUCAAAUAUCCAGGAGAGCAUACUUCAAGAUUGGAUGAAUGAAGGGAAGGGAAUAGCAAAUAGUUCUGGAAAUUACGCAUAUAGCCCUUCCUUUCCGAGUUCUUCACAAAAUGGGAAUAUACCAUUUUUUCAAAGCCAAAACUCGUCACCUUAUAUUCCGUUGCAGGCACAAAAAAUGACUUUUGGUGAAAGUAAUGACAACUCUCUCUUCAACUUCUGGCAAAAUAUUUGUGAUUCUACAAGGUCUGUCUCGUGUACACAAUUAAACAAUACCUUCCAAUUAGGGUUGGAGAAUGACAAUACAACUUGGAACAACAACUUGAAUAAUUCCUCCUCGUUUGGUUUGGAGAAUGCCCAUUCAAAUUGGAAUAAUAACAUGAGUAACAACAACAAUUACAUCAAUGAAUAUAAUGAUCCUCCUUCAGUUCAAAGUGAUGCAAUAACUCCUAAUGUUAAUGGAUUUAACUAUUCCAUGGAGGAGAAUACUAUGGGAAACAUUGCUGAAAGUACUACACAUGAGAAUGAUGCAUGUGAAUGGGAAGUUUUCCUCAAUGAAGCUUUCAAUGGAGAAGACUUUUAA